CACAAGGUAUUUAGAACUUUGGUCGAAGUAAGAAAAUGAAGACUGGACAAUUUAGUUUUGUAAGUGAAUUCCUGGACGAAUUCUACGCCGAGUCUUUUUUUCCAUUUCAUCGUCAGACUUCCGCAUUCCUAGGUUGGGAAAAUUUUGCUCGUUUCGCAGCAUCCUUGAGCACGAUAUCUUUAAUCAACCCCAAAAUAGCUUCGUGUUGUCGCCGCUACGCGUCGUAUCUCGACCCACCACUGCUGCGCUGCAUUGCAGCAUCGACCGGUUCUUUUUUUCCCCGACCUCGCACCCCCACAUCUUCUUCGCACCUUUGCACAGCGCACUGCUCCUAUCCGCUCCUACACCCUCUCACGACCCCUUUCUCACCCCUCGUCGGAAUCGCGCGCGCUGCUGCCGAUGAUGGUGGUGGUGGUGGUGGUGGUGGUGGUGGUGACUUCGAUCGACAUCCCCGACAGUUUUUCGCAGGACGCUUGUUGCUUCUACACUACGAGCGGAUGUGAACUUGUCCUAUCCGUGUUUGCUUCACGCGCACCUACGCCGCCAACGAAGGAUUCAGUCGAGGAUUCCCUCGAGAAUCCCUCGCGUUUCAGCUACUCUUUCAUGGAUAUUGUUUGUCUCUCCACUACGGUGAACAAAACACGGUCAACAGUGAUAUCGGUGUUACCCUCUCGAUGAAUGUUUCUCCGAUUGUUAAUUAAUUAAGGUUCCCGAUGCUCGCUUGAAGAGGACCUUCGCUCAUCCCCCGAUGAUGAUCGACCGGCGUUCUUGCGGGCGCGCAAAUAUGCUGCGAAACUCGGCUCUCUCGAAGGAUCGCGGCACGUCCGCGCCCGCGUCACCGUCGUAACCUGCGACUGACGAUUAUUCAUGCCAAAAGGAACACCUGCGCGUGUGCACGAGUCCGGGGACACCUUCCCGCCUUCUCCGCUCCUCGCAGAAGCCCCACGAAGAUUCGUCGCGCACUACGACCAACUGUCGCUUCUCUCGAUGAGCGAGAGUUACCUGCUACCGUUGAGCAGGCGUCCUGCGGAGGAUCAGGUCGACGAGGAUGAAGUCAGAGAGGAACAAUGGAUACUUGCGGACCAGCGUCGUCGUCACCGAGCCAUCGUCAGGCAACUUGUCAGAGCCGGGAUCAGCUGGUCAAGACACUGUGCUCAUCGCGAAUCCUCUUCAGGUAACUUACGGUCCGCGCGGAGGAACCACCACAACCGUUCUCCAACCGCCAACCAGGCCGCGAAGACCAGUCGGUGUGACACGCGCCACUUCGAUUACACGAAGACAAAGAGGACCGGCGAGUAGACAGCGUCUGUUGGGCGUGUUGGCUAUUGCUCUGUUGGCCACUUGUCUCUUCAUACUUUUGCUAUUGGUGUUGAACACCACUCGUGAAUGCGUUCAAGAGCCCUAUCAAAACGUUUGCAUGUCGGAAGAAUGCGUAAGAACAGCGGCAAGUUUAUUGACGGCGAUGGAUCGCACCGCAUCACCUUGUGUCGAUUUUUUCCAAUACGCCUGUGGCACAUGGAAUCGAUUGCACGUGAUACCGGAGGACAGAAGCUCCAUCAGCACCUUCGAGGUUCUAGCCGAUCAAUUGCAGGUGAUCCUGAAGCGUAUCCUCGAGGAACCGCCCAACGCGGGUGACAGUAAUGCUACUCUCAAGGCGAAGAUGUUCUACAAGUCGUGUAUGGACAUCCCUCGUAUACGAGAAAUCGGAGAUAUUCCUCUGAAGGAGAUCUUGGAGUAUCUUGGAGGAUGGCCAGCAGUGGUGGGCGCAUCCUGGAAGCCGCCGUCUUAUUCUUUGGAGGUCCUUCUGGGUCGUCUACGCGGCGAGUACAACGAGGGUGUGCUGAUAGAGCAAUGGGUCGGCCCAGACGACAAGAACUCCUCGACCAACAUCCUGCAGUUGGAUCAGAUGCAAAUGGCAUUACCUGGUAGGGAUUACUACCUGAAGAAGAGCAGCGAGCCCGAGCUGAAGGCUUAUCAUAAAUACAUGACAAACGUUGCCGUGCUGAUGGGAGCAGAUCCCUUUUCGGCGACCGAAGAGUUCGACCGGGUGAUCGUUUUAGAGAAGCAACUCGCUAAUAUCUCGUUGCCGGAAGCGGACAGGCACGAUACUUCGGCGAUUUAUCGAAAACUGACGUUGCGUGAACUGCAGCAGGAGGUUCCGCAGCUACAGUGGCUCGUUUACCUGCAAGAAUUCAUCAACGCGCCGAUCAACGAGGAGGAGCCCGUUGUGGCAUACGCGAUGCCGUACUUCGUGCAGAUGGGCCGUAUAAUCUCUAGGACAGAUCGCAGGACUCUACACAACUACAUCUUGUGGCGACUCGUCAUGUCGAUUAUGCCUCACAUGAUCGACGAAUACCAGCAGAAACGAAUCGAAUUUCGCAAGAUCCUGUUGGGGAUUCUGAGCGAAAGGAACAGAUGGUCGCAAUGCGUUGAAUGGACCAACAAGAAACUCGGAAUGGCGGUCGGUGCCCUUUUUAUACGCGACAAUUUUAAUCACGAGAGUAAGGAGACUGCUCUGGAGAUGAUACGGACGAUUCGUGAAGCUUUUAACGAAUUGUUGGCUGAAAAUCAUUGGAUGGACGACGAGACUCGAACGGUGGCGAAAAAAAAGGCGGACUCGAUGAACGAGCGAAUCGGAUAUCCCGAGUUUCUCAAAGAUCCACUCGAGCUCUCGAUGGAAUACGUGAUGUUAAACAUAACAGAAAAUCACUUCUUGAAAAACAUUCUUGCCGUGCUGAAGUAUGACGCUUAUCACAAUUUGCAAAAGCUGCGAAUGCCGGUUGACAAGAACAAGUGGUCGACCGAGCCGGCCGUGGUGAACGCUUUCUACAAUCCCAACAAGAACGACAUAGUAUUCCCUGCGGGGAUUCUACAGCCGCUUUUUUACUCCCAGCACUUUCCCAAGUCCUUGAAUUACGGCGGUAUCGGUGUAGUGAUCGGUCACGAGAUCACCCACGGUUUCGACGACAAGGGUCGUCAGUUCGAUAAGGAUGGCAACAUGAUGCAAUGGUGGAAUAACGCCACUAUCAAGGCGUUUCGUAAGAGAGCGCAAUGCAUCGUGGACCAGUACUCCAAGUACAAGUUGCAGGAGGUAAAUCUGUACAUCAACGGGAGGAUGACUCAAGGAGAAAAUAUCGCGGAUAACGGUGGUCUCAAGCAGUCCUUCAGGGCUUACAAGAAGUGGGUUUCUAUUCAUGGUGAGGAACCUUUGCUCCCGGGGGUGAAUCUCACGCACGAUCAACUUUUCUUCCUCAACUACGCGCAGAUCUGGUGCGGCUCCAUGAGACCGGAGGAUGCGUUGACGAAAAUACGCAGCAGCGUGCAUUCACCAGGGCCGGUGCGCGUGUUAGGCCCGCUGUCGAACAGCGAGGACUUCGCCAGGGCUUUCAAUUGCCCGCCGGACUCCCCGAUGAAUCCCAAAAACAAGUGCAGCGUCUGGUAGCUCGUCUUCGGUGAUAUAUGAGAUAUAUCACGCCAAUGUAAUCAAAAUUACACGAGGAGGAAAAAGAGAAAGCGGCGGCGUUGGUGGCAGAGGUACCUGGAAGCUUAAAGUUUCAGGACUUCGAGGAGUCGAGAGGACUCGCGUGCUCUAACAUUGCACACAUUCAACGCUAAAUAAGACUAUUCUUCAAGCAUUGUCCUUCGAUGGAUCGGACAGCGUUCGUGUGUAAAAGUAACAUGUUUUAAAAGUAUGUUUUAAAGUAUUGAAAGAGCAAAUUUAAUUUUUUGCGCCGAAUGUACGAUCGUGCGGGAUGAGAAUGCGCGGGUCGCAAGUUAAAAAGAGAAAAUCAAAAGAUUAUAAAUAUAUGAAAUUUAAAGGUCCGAAGGAUCCAUGGAUCCCUUAUCAUUCUUGCAUAUCACGAUCCUGCUUGUUUUUAUGUAAUAAGCAUUGAAAUAAAAGUGAUGUACAAUUGA